AUGAAGAAGCAGAUGAGUUCACGGGAGGGGGAUGAAGCUGGGGAGUCUCCACACCCAAGAGAUGUCUCUCCCCUGGAUGGCUACAUCAGCAAGGCUGAUGGGCAUGAUCUCAACACUGUGGAUGAGGAUGAUCUCCCCCAACUUUCUCAGCGAGCCUUGACCCAGGACCCCCAGAAAAGGGAGGCGAGGAGCACUGCCCUGGAAACCAUUGAGAUCAAGAAGAACCUGCAGACAGGGAAGAUGUCUGAGGAUCUGCUAGGCUCACAGAGAGGCCUGACUGACUGCAGUGACCCUAAAGAGGGAACCCUGAAGUCAGUAGUUUCCAGGUCACCUUCCCAGAGGCUCCUGGUAGCCUCGAAGCCCAUGCCUCCCAUCCAGAAGCGCCUGCCUUCCUCAGAGCCCAGCAGGAUGAGCAACAGGGAGCUGGAGCAGAGGAAAGACGGCAGAGGCAGUGAUGACAGUGAUGGGAAUAAGAAGGAGCUGAUGUCAAUGCCAAAAGCAUGGCGCCGCACUUGUGAACCCAUCUCACCUGAUCUGCAGCAUCACGUUGGUGGAGGCAUGAAGUCUGACAGAGGUUUACGUGAACCCAUAGCUCCGUUGCGCCUCCCACCUAUCCAGGCCAAGGAGAUGGUUCAUGGGCAACAAAGGCCUCGCACUUGUGAACCCAUCUUGCCUGUUCUCCAGCCUCACGUUGGUGGAGGCAUGAAGUCUGACAGAGGUUUACGUGAACCCAUAGCUCCAUUGCGCCUCCCACCUAUCCAGGCCAAGGAGAUGGUUCAUGGGCAACAAAGUAAUGUCAUUUCUGCUGCCAGUGCACCUCACGUUGGUGGUGGCAUGAAGUCUGACAGAGGUUUACGUGAACCCAUAGCUCCAUUGCGCCUCCCACCUAUCCAGGCCAAGGAGAUGGUUCAUGGGCAACAAAGUAAUGUCAUUUCUGCUGCCAGUGCACAUCAUGUUGGUGGUGGCAUGAAGUCUGACGGAGAAUUACAUGAACCUGCGGCCCCGUUACACCUCCCACAUAUCCAGGCCAAGGAGAUGGAUCAUCUCAUGAGCCCUCGCCUUCAAAGUGAUGACGACUCAAAGGACAGGAGUGGAAGGAUCGAUGUUACCUUGUCCACAUCAGUUCAGAAGAAGAUCAACCAGCAGCAAAGGCAGCAAAUGAGAGCGAAGGAGCUUCUGCGUGGAAAGAGGAAGAAAGAAAGAGAAAAGUCCUCGCAGCUCCUGCCACAGGGUAUUGACCCUGGGGAUACCGCUGAAGAAACGAUGUCAGUGCUGGCCACUGCUCCCGACUCUGUAGGGUGUGGAGAGAAGUCAGAGCGUGGAGAUGACCAGGAAGCCAGACCCUUCUCUGACGCACAGCACGGGCUGCUCAGCACACUCACAUGGCUCAGCAGUGAUGACUGGGAGGAAAAGACCAAGGGCCUCUUCAGCGUCAGACGCCUGGCUAUCUGCCACUCAGAAGUCCUUCUUAGUAGACUUCAUGAUGUUUCCUUGGCAGUUACCAAAGAGGUGAACAACCUCCGCUCGAAGGUUUCUCUCCUCGCAAUCAACACUCUUGGAGAGCUCUUCAGGACCAUGCAGAAGCACAUGGACCCUGUUGUGGAUGAGGUUAAUCGGGUCCUGCUCCAGAGGAUGGGGAAUUGCAGCAUGUCAAUUCAGAAAGCAGCCAAUCAGUGCCUGGGGAUCAUGGUGGGGAACGUGACUCCUGCACGAGCAAUGACUGCUCUCAUGGCUAGUGGAAUCCAUUACCGCAGUGUCCUGGUGCGGAAGUGUGCGGCUGAACACCUGCUGACCACGAUGGAGCAAAUUGGAGCCCAGAAGCUCCUGUCUGGCUCAUGUGACCGUACCGAAGUGCUUGUUCGUGCUGUGGUGAUGCUUGCUCAAGAUUGUCAUCAGGACACAAGGUGUUAUGGACGGAAGAUGCUGCGUAUAUUGAUGCGUCAUCAAAAAUUUGAGAAGUAUCUGAAUCAGUCUAUUCCCUCUCAUGACUUGGAAGAUCUUAUAGCAACAAUAAUGCAGAAAGGCAUAGAAGACCUUAAAUGCGAAGCUGCAUCUGCCAAGGAAUCCAGGGACCCUGUGAACAGCGGCCAGAAGAUGCCCCAGAACAACUUGGCUUCUGAUGCAGGAUUGAGGUCUGGCUCUGAGGUGCCCAACUUACCCUGUCAGACUGUCCAUCACACGUCAGUUCAGGCUGUGGAGGAAACCGAAGAGUUCAUGGAGCUUUGCAGGCUCCUGACAGCCGAGGACUGUCAGUCACGACUGAAGGGAGUGCAGCUUCUCCGAGAUCACUGCAAAAGCAGCCCCUGGUUCAUCUCUACUAUCACUGUCCAGAUUUUUGGUGUUUUUGUCCUGAGAAUUCAGGACUGCAACAAGAAAGUGAAGCAGCAGGCGCUGGAGGCUCUGUCUUGGAUGACAUCUGUGCUCAGAGAUGCCUUACACCCAGUGCUGGUGUCUCUGGUAGAAGCAGUCACUGACAACCUGAACUCAAAGCACCCAGGGAUUUCUGCUGCAGCUGUGAAAGCACUGGAAGCAUUCAUUGCUCAGCUAGCGAUGUCAGUGCCGGCCACUGCUCCCGACUCUGUAGGGUGUGGAGAGAAGUCAGAGCGUGGAGAUGACCAGGAAGCCAGACCCUUCCCUGACGCACAGCAGGGGCUGCUCAGCACACUCACAUGGCUCAGCAGUGAUGACUGGGAGGAAAAGACCAAGGGCCUCUUCAGCGUCAGACGCCUGGCUAUCUGCCACUCAGAAGUCCUUCUUAGUAGACUUCAUGAUGUUUCCUUGGCAGUUACCAAAGAGGUGAACAACCUCCGCUCGAAGGUUUCUCUCCUCGCAAUCAGCGCUCUUGGAGAGCUCUUCAGGACCAUGAAGAAGCACAUGGACCCUGUUGUGGAUGAGGCUACUCGGGUCCUGCUCCAGAGGAUGGGGAAUUGCAGCAUGUCAAUUCAGAAAGCAGCCAAUCAGUGCCUGGGGAUCAUGGUGGGGAACGUGACUCCUGCACGAGCAAUGACUGCUCUCAUGGCUAGUGGAAUCCAUUACCGCAAUGUCCUGGUGCGGAAGUGUGCGGCUGAACACCUGCUGACCACAAUGGAGCAAAUUGGAGCCCAGAAGCUCCUGUCUGGCACGCGUUACAGUACCGAGGUGCUUGUUCGUGCAGUGGUAAAGCUUGCUCAAGAUUGUCAUCAGGACACAAGGUGUUAUGGACGGAAGAUGCUGAAUAUAUUGAUGAGUCAUCAAAAAUUUGAGAAGUAUCUGAAUCAGACUGUUCCCUCGCGUGACUUGAAAGAUGUUAUGGCAGCAGUAAGGCAGAAAGGCAUAGAAGACCUUAAAUGCGAAGCUGCAUCUGCCAAGGAAUCCAGGGACCCUGUGAACAGCGGCCAGAAGAUGCCCCAGAACAACUUGGCUUCUGAUGCAGGAUUGAGGUCUGGCUCUGAGGUGCCCAACUUACCCUGUCAGACUGUCCAUCACACGUCAGUUCAGGCUGUGGAGGAAACCGAAGAGUUCAUGGAGCUUUGCAGGCUCCUGACAGCCGAGGACUGUCAGUCACGACUGAAGGGAGUGCAGCUUCUCCGAGAUCACUGCAAAAGCAGCCCCUGGUUCAUCUCUACUAUCACUGUCCAGAUUUUUGGUGUUUUUGUCCUGAGAAUUCAGGACUGCAACAAGAAAGUGAAGCAGCAGGCGCUGGAGGCUCUGUCUUGGAUGACAUCUGUGCUCAGAGAUGCCUUACACCCAGUGCUGGUGUCUCUGGUAGAAGCAGUCACUGACAACCUGAACUCAAAGCACCCAGGGAUUUCUGCUGCAGCUGUGAAAGCACUGGAAGCAUUCAUUGCUCAGCUAGAGUCAAGUGAACACUGA